ACAGUAGUACCAUUUCUUCACAUCCAAGGGUUUAAGCUACGAGAGAGCUUUGGUCUUACUACUCCCAAGUCAAGUCCCACCAUUGUCUUCUUCUACCUCUAACAUCUAAAACCCUAAAUCAUUUUACUUCCACCAUGUCUCUCAAUCACCUCCUCCGCCGUCUCUCCACCACCACGACCACCACUACUCGUAGCCCUAUUUCGAUCUCGUUUCUCCACCAACGAAUCCACCACAUCUCAAAUUCCCCGGAAAAUGAAACGAACACUGGUAACAAUCAGGUUUCAGAGACGAACCCAAACCCAAACCCUAAUCCAAUUUUAGCCAAUGAUACUUCUCAAUUCCAGAUUCCUCAGAAUCAUCAUAUCUCUCCGAUUCCAUAUCCACCGAUGCGGCGUAACAUGACCUUCUCAUCAGCCGAAGAAGCCGCAGCUGAACGCCGCCGUCUCAAACGUCGUCUACGAAUUGAACCUCCACUUCACGCUCUACGAAGAGAUCCUUCAGCUCCUGCCCCAAGACGUGAUCCCAACGCGCCACGGCUUCCCGAUUCGACCUCCGCACUCGUCGGGGCAAGGCUUAACCUUCACAACAGAGUCCAGUCACUGAUUAGAGCAUCGGAUCUCGACGCUGCUUCACGCCUCGCUCGCCAGUCUGUGUUUUCCAAUACGAGACCCACCGUGUUCACUUGUAACGCCAUCAUCGCCGCUAUGUACCGAGCCAAGCGUUACAGUGAAUCGAUUUCUCUGUUUCAGCAUUUCUUCAAGCAGUCUAAGAUCGUUCCCAAUGUAGUCUCUUACAAUCAGAUCAUCAACGCUCAUUGUGACGAAGGGCAUGUGGAUGAAGCUCUUGAAGUGUACCGCCACAUAAUAGCUCAUGCUCCUUUUGCUCCGUCUUCAGUUACUUAUAGACAUUUGACUAAAGGUUUGGUUCAAGCUGGAAGGAUUGAAGAUGCUGCGAGUUUGUUAAGGGAGAUGUUGAGUAAAGGUCAAGCUGCGGAUUCGGUUGUGUACAGUAAUCUCAUUAAGGGGUAUUUGGACCUUGGUGAUUUGGAUAAGGCUAAUGAGUUCUUUGAUGAGUUGAAGUCUAAGUGUACUGUUUAUGAUGGGAUUGUGAAUGCGACCUUUAUGGAGUACUGGUUCGAGAAAGGAAAUGAUAAGGAAGCUAUUGAGUCGUACAGGUCUUUGUUAGAUAAGAAAUUUAGAAUGCAUCCGCCAACUGGUAAUGUACUUUUGGAGGUUUUUCUUAAGUAUGGUAAGAAGGCUGAAGCUUGGGCUUUGUUCAAUGAGAUGUUGGAUAAUCACACUCCUCCUAAUAUCCUUUCUGUGAAUUCGGAGACGAUUAGUAUAAUGGUCAAUGAAUGUUUCAAGAUGGGAGAGUUUGACGAAGCUAUUAAUACGUUCAAGAAGGUCGGGAGUAAGCCCACCUCCAAACCGUUUGUGAUGGAUUAUGUAGGUUACUGUAACAUAGUAACGAGGUUCUGUGAACAAGGGAUGUUAACAGAGGCUGAAAGGUUCUUUUCUGAAGGUGUAUCCAAAGGUUUGCCUGCUGAUGCUCCAAGCCAUAGAGCAAUGAUUGAUGCUUAUCUCAAGGCAGAGAGAAUCGAUGAUGCUGUCAAGAUGUUGAACAGGAUGGUUGAUGUGAAUCUAAGGGUGGUUGCUGAUUUUGGUACGAGGGUCUUUGGCGAGCUGAUUAAGAAUGGUAAGCUUACGGAAUCUGCUGAAGUUUUGACUAAGAUGGGAGAGAGGGAACCGAAACCAGACCCUUCGGUUUAUGAUGUGGUGGUUAGAGGUCUUUGUGAUGGUGGUGCACUUGACCAAGCCAAGGACAUUAUUGGUCAGAUGAUUGGACAUAAUGUUGGGGUUACUCCUGUGCUGCGGGAAUUCGUCGUUGAGAUUUCUGAGAAAGCAGGGCGUCGUGAGGAGAUUGAGAAGAUUUUAAAUUCGGUUGCCCGGCCGGUGAGAAACCCAGGGCAAUCUGGUAACACUGCACCUAGUGUAUCAGCCGUGCAUGGAACCACACCUGCAGCUCCUCAGCAGCCUAGAGACAGGACACCAUGGACGAGCCAAGGGGCGGGGAAUUCUAAUUCAGGUUGGGCCAAUGGUGGUCAAACAGCAGGAGGAACUUACAAGGCUAAUCUUGGCCAGAAUCCGUCUUGGUCUAACACUUCGGUUAACCAGCAGCAGCAAUCAUGGUCUAAUCAGACUGCAGGGCAACAGCCACCAUCAUGGUCGAGUCAGACACCGGGAUAUCAACAGCAGCAAUCUUGGUCUCAGCAUCAGGGUUGGUCAUGUCCUUCAGGUCAUCAACAUCCAUGGGCUAAUCAGACGCCUGGCGAGCAGAAACCAGUGGCUAAUCAGACGCCUGGCCAGCAGCAACAGUGGGGUAAUCAGACGCCUAGCCAGCAGCAACAGUGGGGUCAUCACAACACUGGUCAUCAGCAAUCAUGGGCUAACCAGCAGCAACCAGUGGCCAAUCAGAAUAGUGGUCAUCAGCAAUCAUGGCCCAAUCAAACUCCUACCCAGCAGCAACCAUGGGCUAAUCAGACAACCAGCCAGCAACAAGGGUGGGGUAAUCAGACAACCGUUCAGCAGCAGUGGGCUAACCAGACACCUGGCCAGCAGUCAGCGUGGACAGGACAGCAACAGUGGCCUAAUCAGACAGCUACCCAUCAGCAGUCACAGUGGUCACAGUCUGUGGACAGUCAUCUCCCUCAACAACAGGAGUCAGGGUCCUCCCAUGAGUUGCAAGACAGAGAUGAAAAGAAGGUAGCGGAGUUGGGGAACUAGUUCGACAAACUCGCUUCUUCUGCACCAUCAUUCGCCUCAUAGUUAAAUUGCCUUUUUUGCUUUGUGGUCGCAAUUUUUGCAAACUCUAGUAUUAUUUAAUUAUUUAAGGAUCAACAUCAUAAUCUAAUACGUUUUUAUUGAUCGUU